AAGGAAAUUGCAACAAUUGGGGUUGGUCUAUACCCGUUGUCAUUAGCACUACCUUCAACCUAUUUUUGCUUACACCGCAAACAAAAUCAUGAAGAAUUACGUGGUAGUAUUGAGCACAAAAUUCACGACGUAAUGCUUGGGUAUACACCAUGGAGAGAUUCAGGCUGGUAUUACGGCGGCCCUGUGAACUACUCGUCCUCUUACCCGUCACAACUGUCCACGAACCCGCCGGAUGGCAAGGCGGCAAGCUCCCAAGAUUCGAAAACACCCCUUCGGCAUUCACACCAUUUUCGAAAAAUUUCUCCCAGCAAAGCAGUCCCCCAUAAACAUCGCCACCGCCGCCUCAGUGACAACAGUGAGAAAGUGAGCACGAGUUUCUGGCAAACGGGGGAGGGCUUACACCAAUACGUGGAGAAGACGGUCGUAAACGUCAAGGAAGAGAAGAGGCUUCGCGAGCUUGAAGAUACGGAGAAGAGGAUCCAAACGUUCCAGAGUCUACAGAAGCCAACUCACAUUAGGGUCUGGGAUAACACAGGCAGGAGCUUUCUAAAACCAGUGAGGGAGAGGUUGGAUGGGAACGGUUCGUCGAAGCAUGCGGCAAAAGGUUCGUCAAAGCACUCGGACGGAGAAGAGUCGGACGCCAGUGUGGAGACUGUCUGAACUGGUCUUGUGAACAUAUCGAUCACCUGGAAAGUGUCCCUUGGAUUCAAGCCUUGCGAUAAUCAUUCCCUGGGGGUAUCAAGCUGGACCUACUGUCUUGGGGUCAGCAACAGCAUCACUAAUUGAGUAUGAAGAUUAAGAUUUGAGUCAACGCGGUGUAAGUCUUAAUGGUAUACCGUAUCUAUCGAAUGAUGUGAGGCCCGGAUGUAACCCCGGGUGUGAAUAACAUCACACUGAACCAAGUAGCAUGAAUAACGAUCCCCAGGUUGUGGCUUGAAGUUAGUUUGUUUUCUGUUUCAGGCGGAAACGCAGCUACGUAAUACCCAUUGCCGUAUCCAUAACUCUUGAGAACUUGAUGUUUUAGUGGCGCACACGACCCAGACUUCUGCAAUGCGAAGCGGCCCACCAGGCAAAGCGGCAGG